GGACCCGGGUGGCCCAGAGCGGCGGGGGCCAGUACUACUUCCCCCAGUAGUACCUCGCCGCUCCGCCCCGGAGUGACGCUCCCCGCUCAUGGGCCUGGCCGGAGGCAGCCGGCGGGCGGCGCGGAGGAGGCGGCGGCGGCAGGUGGCUCGCAGCAGGGCCGGAGCCGGGCCGGGCCAUGGCCGCCUCGGAGCGGCUCUACGAGUUGUGGCUGCUGUACUACGCGCAGAAGGACCUGGGCUACCUGCAGCAAUGGCUGAAGGCGUUUGUGGGCGCCUUCGAGAAGAGCAUCUCUGUGUCCUCACUGGAGCCCCGCAGGCCAGAGGAGACGGGGCCGGAGGUGCCGCCGCUGCCGCUGGACACGCUGCAGGUGCUGGCCCAGCAGCUGGCCACAGAGGAGCUGGAGCAGGUGCUGCUGCGGCUGAAGCUGUUCGUCAUCCUCUGCAGGAACCCCGAGAAUGUGCAAGCAGGCUGGGGCCAGGUGCUGGGGCCCCGGGUGCUGGCGUUACUCACCCGAGUGGUGACCGAGCUGAAGCAGCCCCCGGCCCCGCAGGAGGGUGUGGGGCCGCUGCUGGAGACGGUGGGCCUGCACGCCCUGCUUCUUUGUGAGGGGCUGUUUGACCCCUACCAGACCUGGAGGCGCCAUCGCAGAGGGGAACUCAUCAGCCUCAAGGAGAAGAGCAAAUACAAGUUUCGUCCUGCGGCUCUGCCUGGAGAAUUCAGCACCUUCUUCAGAGACAGCCUGCACGAUGCGGGGCGUUUGCCGCCGGCGCUGCUGCUGCGUCUCAUCCACCUAUUCUGCGCCAUCCUCGCCGGGGGGAAGGAGAACGGGCAGGUGGCCGUGAGUGCCGGCUCGGUGCAGGGCCUGCUGGAUGUGGUGCGUGACUGGGGCCAGCGGCCAGCCCAGGAUACCCACCUCCUCCCACUGGCACUGGAGGCCCUGGUGGGUUCAGUUCAUGUGCUGCAUGCCAGUCGGGCACCCCCUCGCGGCCCAGAACUGCGUGCCCUGCUCGAGGGUUACUUCCGUGUCCUCAAUGCCGACUGGCCAACCGGACCGAACCCGGGCCGUGAAGAGUCCCUUGUUGCCCUGAGGGUCAGCAUGCUCGACGCCAUCCCCAUGAUGCUCGCCUGCGAGGACCGGCCAGUGCUCCAGGCCACCUUCCUCAGCAACAAUUGCUUCGAGCAUCUCACCCGUCUCAUCCAGAACAGCAAGCUAUACCUGCAGGCCCGGGCGCCCCCUGAGGGGGACAGUGACCUGGCUACCCGGUUACUGACCGAGCCCGAUGUCCAGAAGGUCCUGGACCAGGACGCCGACGCCAUUGCAGUGCAUGUCAUCCGGGUGCUGGCCUGCAUCAUGAGCGGCUCGCCUUCCGCCAAGGAAGUGUUUAAGGAGCGCAUCGGCUACUCUCACCUGCAUGAGGUCCUGCAGAGCCACGGCCCCCCCACCCACCGGCUGCUGCAGGAGCUGCUCAACAUGGCCGUGGAGGGUGACCACAGCACCUGUCCGCCGCCCCCAAUCCGCAACGAACAGCCGGUGCUGGUGCUGACUCGGUGGCUGCCGGCCCUGCCCACGGCCGAGCUGCGGCUCUUCUUGGCGCAACGCCUCUGGUGGCUCUGUGACAGCUGCCCAGCCAGCCGUGCCACCUGUGUGCAGGCAGGCCUGGUGGGCUGCCUGCUGGAGACCCUGGGCACAGGUGCUGCCCUGGGCACCCGCUGCCAGGAGCAGCUGCUGGUGCUGCUGCAGGCCCUGGGCCGCGUGUCGCUCAGGCCCCUGGAGCUGCGUCGCCUGCUGCGCCCGCCACCAGGGCUGGAGUGCGGGGACGCCCGCCACGCCGGUGCCAUCAUCCGGGCAUUAUCAGGCAUGGCCCGGCACCAGGGGCCUGCCCGCGCCCUGCGCUACUUUGACCUCACACCCAGCAUGGCAGGGAUCAUGGUGCCCCCGGUGCAGCGGUGGCCGGGCCCGGGCUUCACCUUCCAUGCCUGGCUCUGCCUGCACCCUGCAGCCACGGCACCUGGCCCGGCCCCCAGCAGGCCACUGCAGCGAAAGCAGCUGUACAGUUUCUUCACCAACAACGGCUCAGGGUUUGAGGCCUUCUUCACGGCAGCUGGGACCCUGGUGGUGGCCGUGUGUACCCGGAAGGAGUACCUGACCAUGAGCUUGCCCGAAGUGUCCUUUGCUGACUCCACCUGGCACUGUGUGGCCAUUGUCCAUGUACCUGGGCGCCGGCCCUUUAGCCAGAACCUGGUCCACGUCUACAAAGAUGGCCACCUGGUCAAGACGGCGCCCCUGCGCUGCCCCUGCCUCAGUGAGCCCUUCUCCUCCUGCUGCAUCGGCUCCGCUGGGCACCGCACCACCACCACCACCACUGGGCUGCCCACACCACCAGUGCCCACCGCCCCGGCGCACUCUCACCCUUCCCUCACCCGCUCCCAGUCCGUCCCGGCCACCUCAGGGCUUGGCUGGGGGUCGGGGCUGGUGGCCCCCCUGCAGGAGGGCAACAUCAGCUCCACCCUCGCGGGCACGCAGGACACGCGCUGGGGCAGCCCCACGUCCCUGGAGGGCGAGCUGGGGGCCGUGGCCAUCUUCCACGAAGCCCUUCCUGCCACAUCCCUGCGGGCGCUGUGCACCCUGGGGCCCAAUGAGACAGCCCCCUUCAAGCCCGAGGGUGAACUGCAUGAGCUGGGCACCAAGCUGCUCCUCCAUUACUCGCCUCAGGCCUGUAAGAACAACAUCUGCCUGGACCUGUCCCCUGGCCACGGGCUAGACGGCCGCCUGACAGGCCACAGGGUGGAGACGUGGGACGUGAAGGAUGUGGUGAGCUGUGUGGGGGGCAUGGGGGCCCUGAUGCCGCUGCUGGAGCAAGUGGCUGCGCAGCCCCAGGAGGCCGAGGCGGGCCCCACGGAAACCCAUGACCUGGUGGGGCCCGAGCUGACUUCUGGCCACAACAGCUCCGGCCUGCUGCUCCCGCUGGGCAAGUCCUCAGAGGAGCGGAUGGAGAGGAACGCGGUGGCCGCCUUCCUGCUGAUGCUGCGGAACUUCCUGCAGGGCCACACCGUCAACCAGGACAGUCUGGUGCAGUGCCAGGGGCCGGCCGUCCUCGGUGCCCUCCUGCGCAAGGUGCCCAGCUGGGCCAUGGACAUGAACGUGCUCAUGUCCGCCCAGCUGCUGAUGGAGCAGGUGGCCGCUGAGGGCAGUGGGCCCCUCCUCUACCUGCUUUACCAGCACCUGCUCUUCAACUUCCAUCUCUGGACCCCCAGUGACUUUGCUGUGCGCCUGGGCCACAUCCAGUACAUGUCCAGCAUCAUGCAUGAGCACAGGCAGAAGUUGCGGAAGAAGUACGGGGUCCAGUUCAUCCUGGACGCCCUGCACAGCCACUACAGCCCGUCGUGCGAGCGCCCCCUUGCGGCCGACGACCUGCGCACCAUGCAGACGUCGCUCCUGGGGCCGGCCUACGAGUUCCUAGUUCGGAACCCCGCAGCCGAGGACAUGCAGGUCCUGCUGAACUUCCUGGCUGCUUCAGGUGAUGAUGGCCAGGUGGUGGGCGUCCUGGACCUGGUCUUGGCGCUGCUGCAGGCCUCACCUGCACAGGAGUCUCUGACCGUCUUCCUGUUGGAGCCGGGGAACCUGGAGGUGCUGCUGGCACUGCUGGUGCGGCCCAGCCCGUUGCCCCUGCUGCCUGACCGAGUCUGCAAGAUCCUGCGCAGGCUGCAGCAGAAUGAGCGCCUGCCCGAGCGAAGCCGUCAGCGGCUGCGGCUGCGAGACUGUGGACUCGAGGGUCUGGUCACCUGCCUACCCGAGGGGACUGUCUCCCCCCAGCUCUGCCAGGGCCUCUACAAGCUGUUCCUGGGGGCAGAUGGGCUGAACCUCUCAGACCUGUUGGCUGUGAUACAGCUGUCCCUUCAGGCUGACCUCAGUGUCCGUCUGGACAUUUGUCGACAGCUCUUCCGCCUCAUCUACAGACAGCCGGACAUAGUGCAGCUGCUGGCACAGCAGGCGGGCUGGCAGGACGUGCUGACCCGGCUCUAUGUGCUGGAGGCCGUCAAGGCGGCCAGUCCCCUGCCCUGCUCCCCUGAACUGCCCACGCCCCCGGAGUCUGCUCUUGCCAAGACACCCACAGGCUCACCCGAGUCCUCGGAUGUCUUCCUGCCCUCGGAGGUCCCCGGCCCCAACCCUGAGGCCUUUUACCACGCUCUCUCCCCCUUGUGCACAUCCUUUGACCUGGGCAUGGAGCGGGCCAGCGUGGGCUCCAGCAGCACCACGGGCGGGAGCAGCGGGACGCUCACACCGGCCAGCCAGCCUGGCACACCGUCCCCGCUGGACGGGCCCCGGCCCUUCCCGGCUGUCCCUGGCCGCCACAGUUCCAGUUUGUCCAACGUGCUGGAGGACAGCAGUAUUCUGGAUCCCUCAGUCAGUGGGGAUGACACCUCAAACACCAGCAACCCGCAGCAAACCUCUGAGGAGGAGCUGUGCAACCUGCUCACCAACGUGCUGUUCUCGGUGACGUGGCGGGGCGUGGAAGGCAGUGACGAGGCCGCCUGGCGGGAGCGCGGCCAGGUCUUCUCGGUGCUCACCCAGCUAGGGGCGUCAGCCAUGCUUGUGCGCCCUCCAGACUACAUCAAACGCAGCCUCUUGGAGAUGAUGCUGGAGUCAGCCUUGAGUGACAUCAAAGAGGCAUCCCCUGGGGGCCUGGCCUGCCUCACACAGCAGGCUCUGUGGCUGCUCCGCCUGCUGCAGGACUUCCUGUGCUCGGAGGGCCACGGGAACCAGGAGCUGUGGAGCGAGAAGCUAUUUGAAGGCGUGUGCAGCCUGCUUGAUCGCCUGGGAGCCUGGCCGCACCUGGCCAACGGCACGGCGGACCUCCGAGAGAUGGCGCAGAUCGGCCUGCGCCUGGUGCUCGGCUACAUCCUGCUGGAGGACCCACAGCUGCACGCCCAGGCCUACGUGAAGCUGCACUCGCUGCUGCAGACCGCGGAGCCCAUGCGCCGGGAGGAGGCCUGCUACGUGCUCUCCAAGCUUGAGGCGGCGCUGGCGCGGGCGCUGACCACCGCGACCUCAGAGACGGCCCCCGAGGACCAGAAGCCCCCCAGCGCGGCCACAGAGCGCUGCUCCUGGCUGGUGCCGCUGGUGCGCACGCUGCUGGACCGCGCCUACGAGCCACUGGGGCUGCAGGGGGGGCUGCCCUCCCUGCCGCCCACCAACGGCAGCCCCACCUUCUUCGAGGACUUUCAGGCCUUUUGUGGCACCAGCGAAUGGCGCCACUUCAUUGACAAACAGGUGCAGCCCACCAUGUCGGAGUUUGAAAUGGACACCUACGCCAAGAGCCACGACCUCAUGUCCGGCUUCUGGAACGCCUGCUACGACACGCUCAUGAGCAGGGGGCAGCGGCGCCAGAAGGAGCGGGCACGGAGCCGUCGCGCCUUCCAGGAGCUGGUGCUGGAACCUGCCCAGCGGCGGGCGCGCCUGGAAGAGCAGCGCUACAACGGGGCUCUGAAGCAGCAGGCGGCGCAGCACGCCACCGCCCUGCUCCACUGGGGGGCGCUGUGGCGACAACUGUCCUGUCCGUGUGGGGCCUGGGCUCUGAGGGACCCGCCCACCCCUCACUGGAAGCUGUCCAGCGCUGAGACGUACUCCCGCAUGCGACUGAAACUGGUGCCCAACCAUCAUUUCAACCCGCACCUGGAAGCCAGUGCCCUGCGGGACAACCUGGGUGAGGUCCCCUUGACACCCACCGAGGAAGCCUCGCUGCCUCUGGCAGUGUCCAAAGAAGCCAAAGUCAGCACUUCCCCAGAGGAGCUGCAGGACGACCAGCUGGGCGAGGAGGAGCUAGCUGCCCUGGAGAUGGCGAUGGAGGCGGCGGAACUGGACGAGCAGCACGAGAAGCUGGUGCUGUCAGCUGAGUGUCAACUGGUCACAGUGGUGGCCGUGGUCCCAGGGCUGCUGGAGGUCACCACACAGCACGUGUGUUUCUACGAUGGCAGCGCCGAGCGUGUGGAGACGGAGGAGGGCAUCGGCCACGACUUCCGGCGGCCUCUGGCCCAGCUGCGGGAGGUCCAUUUGCGGCGCUUCAACCUGAGACGUUCUGCACUGGAGCUCUUCUUUAUUGACCAGGCCAACUACUUCCUCAACUUCCCCUGCAAAGCUUCGGGGGCCACGGCCUCGUCGCCUUCCCAGGGCCCCAGGUCCCCGCCCCGCCCUGCCGCACCCCACACGCAGGUUCGGAACCAGGUGUACUCAUGGCUCCUGCGCCUGCGGCCCCCCGCCCAAGGCUACCUGAGCUGCCGUUCCCCCCAGGAAAUGCUGCGUGCCUCUGGCCUCACCCAGAAAUGGGUGCAGCGGGAGAUCUCCAACUUUGAGUACUUGAUGCAGCUCAACACCAUUGCGGGGCGGACCUAUAACGACUUGUCUCAAUACCCUGUGUUCCCCUGGAUUCUCCAGGAUUACGUGUCCCCAACCCUGGACCUCAGCAACCCCGCAGUCUUCCGAGAUCUGUCCAAGCCCAUCGGUGUGGUGAACCCCAAACACGCCCAACUCGUUCGGGAAAAGUAUGAGAGCUUCGAGGACCCAGCAGGCACCAUUGACAAGUUCCACUAUGGUACCCACUAUUCCAACGCGGCUGGCGUGAUGCACUACCUCAUUCGUGUGGAGCCCUUCACCUCCCUGCAUGUCCAGCUGCAGAGCGGCCGGUUUGACUGCUCUGACCGGCAGUUCCACUCGGUGGCGGCGGCCUGGCAGACCCGCCUGGAGAACCCUGCAGACGUGAAGGAGCUCAUUCCUGAAUUCUUCUACUUCCCUGACUUCCUGCAGAACCAGAACAGCUUUGACCUGGGCUGCCUCCAGCUGACCAAUGAGAAAGUGGGCGACGUGGUGCUGCCCCCCUGGGCCAGCUCCCCGGAGGACUUCAUCCAGCAGCACCGCCGGGCCCUGGAGUCCGAGUAUGUGUCUGCCCACCUGCAUGAGUGGAUCGACCUCAUCUUCGGGUACAAGCAGCGGGGGCGGGCGGCCGAAGAGGCCCUCAACGUCUUCUACUACUGCACCUACGAGGGGGCAGUGGACCUGGACCAUGUGGCAGAUGAACGGGAACGGAAGGCCCUGGAAGGCAUUAUCAGAAACUUUGGGCAGACACCCUGUCAGCUGCUGAAGGAACCGCAUCCAGUUCGGCUCUCUGCUGAGGAAGUGGCCCAGCGCCUUGCUCGUCUGGACACAAACUCACCGAGCAUUUUCCAGCACCUGGACCAGCUCAAGGCCUUCUUUGCAGAGGUCAUCAGCGAGGGCGUGCCCCUGGUGCUGGCCCUGGUACCCCACCGCCAGCCCCACUCCUUCAUCACCCAGAGCUCCCCAGACCUGUUGGUGACCGUGAGUGCCAAUGGACUGUUGGGCACCCACAGCUGGCUGCCCUAUGACCGCAAUAUAAGCAACUACUUCAGCUUCAGCAAAGACCCUAACAUGAGCAACCCCAAGAUGCAGCGGCUACUGAGUGGCCCCUGGGCGCCCGGCAGUGGCGUGAACGGGCGCGCCCUGGCAGUGGCCCCCGAUGGAAAGCUGCUGUUCAGUGGUGGCCACUGGGACGGCAGCCUCCGGGUGACAGCGCUGCCCCGGGGCAGGCUGCUGAGCCAGCUCCGCCACCACUUGGAUGUCGUGACCUGCCUCGCACUGGACACCUGUGGCAUCUACCUCAUCUCCGGCUCCCGCGACACCACGUGCAUGGUGUGGCGGCUACUGCUGCAGGGUGGUCUGGCAGUAGGGCUGGCAUCCAAGCCUGUGCAAGUCCUGUAUGGGCACGAAGCUGCAGUAAGCUGUGUGGCCAUCAGCACUGAACUGGACAUGGCGGUGUCUGGAUCUGAGGUUGGCACUGUGAUCAUCCACACUGUGCGCCGAGGACAUUUUGUGGCAGCCCUCCAACCGCCAGGGGCUUCGUUGCCUGGCCCUGUGUCCCACCUGGCGUUGGGGUCCGAGGGCCAGAUUGUGGUACAGAGCUCAGCCCGAGAGCGUCUGGGAGCUCAGGUCGCCUAUUCCUUGCACUUGUACUCCGUGAACGGGAGGCUGCGGGCAUCGUUGCCGCUGGUGGAGCAACCCACGGCCCUGGAAGUGACGGAGGACUUUGUUCUGCUGGGCACGGCCCAGUGUGCCCUGCACAUCCUACACCUCAACACGCUGCUCCCGGCCGCUCCUCCUCUGCCCAUGAAGGUGCCCAUCCGCAGCGUGGCUGUGACCAAGGAGCGUAGCCACGUGCUCAUUGGCCUGGAGGAUGGCAAGCUUAUCGUGGUGGGCGCGGGACAGCCCUCCGAGGUGCGCAGCAGCCAGUUCGCGCGCAAGCUGUGGCGGUCCUCGCGGCGCAUUUCCCAAGUGUCCUCUGGGGAGACGGAAUACAGACCUGGAGAAGCCCGCUGAGCCCUGCCCUGGCCGGCCGCUCAGGCUCCGCCCCCAGCGGCUCCGUUGCAGGAAGCUCCGCCCCGGGGCGGCAGGAACGCCGAGACCAUUGGCCCGCACUCAGGGGGUGGGCGGGGCCCCACCCCCGUCGCGCUCAGGGAUUCGUGGACGGCAGCACUCCGGGAAGUCCCGCCCCUCGCCGGCAGAGGGGUCGCCCAGAGUCCCAGCACCGGCCUUGGCGGCCGUACCGAGCACUUUUUUGCACAGUUCGGGGCUGGGGGGUUCAGGCCCCCAGGUUCUCCCCGUCCGGCAGAGCACAGGGGCCGGGCUGUGCCUUAAUCUCUGAAGGCGGCCCUCCGCUCUCCUAAUCUCGGCAAUAAACCUGGCCUAGUUUUGUAUCCGUUUCGCCUUUGUACGCGCGCGUCUCAGCCCGUCCUGGUCACCGUCCUAGGGGGGCUGCUGCUUCUCCUGGGCGUCUCUGCCACGCUCUGCGUGGGCUCA